AUGGCGCAGCAAUUCAUUGAAACGGCGGUGCAGAGCACCAGCAACAAUGCUGAAGUCAACGGAAAAGAAACAGAGAAGAACGAAGUGAAAUACGCUCCCAAAGGAUCCCUUUGCGGUAUUCACAAGCUCUAUCAGACGAAGCCCGACGAGAACGGACGAACUUCGUGGAGCAAAACUCCUCCCAAAAUCGAAGAGGCUGCCGAGAACGACGAAUCCGCUCAGUAUGCGCUGAUCUCACGAUACACCAAAUGCUAUGACGGGCGCCGACCUCUACAGCUUCACUCCGUCGUCAUCCAAAGUGAACCUCUGAAAAAGUUCUUAGGCAAUGUGCUCGACAAAUACCCCGGCGUCACGACAACCCUCGAGCGUCUUGAGUUCUCUAAGCCCUUCAAACCCCUGGUUCAUAGGUGGGAGGCCCUCGUCAAGGCCCGUGAUGAAGAACAAGACCAGACUACCAAGGAGCAUAUCAAUCUGUUCCACAAGAUCCUCGAAGAGGAGCUUCGUGACAUCAUUGAUCGGAAGAAGGACCUAGUUCGCAACGGAGUCAUCACCCACGACCUCAUCUGGAGCAUCUUCGAGCCUGAUGACAUGGUGAUCGGCUCAAUAACUGGUCGUACACGCGGAUACCUGUUCACCGGGGCCGCGUUGGAUUGCCAGACUGGUGCAUGGGAAAUUAGAGCCAAGUACAUCGAUUUUGACGGUAGCAAGCUCGGGUGGGAUGAUCAGGAUUUUGCCAUUGGUGCUUUUACCGGCACUGUUCCUAUCGUCGCCUUGCCAGUGUCGCCCCUCAAAUACCAUGCCAACCAGACCAUUAUUCGACAGGCUCUGGUUGCACAAGGAAAGACCUGGGAGGAGCAUAAGGGGUAUCACUUCAAGCAAUAUGAUGGUGUCACAGUCGGAUUUGAUAGUGAUGCAGAGCCCCGGAAGUACCAGGUGAAGAGCCGAAUCAUCAUCGACGCCGAGGCGUUCCAAACAUUCCACCCACAUAAAGGCAUCAGUCUCUCUGGAAAGAUCUCAGAUGAGCUGCAUGAUGACCAGAGGAUGGUCACAUCUAAUAUGGUCUACGGAUAUGCCCUGAAAAACAAGGAAUGGCUCACAUUCUUCUUGGAUUGCACAUCCGAGAUCGUGUGGGAUUCGCAAGCAUUCGACUCGCUUGUCCUUCCUAAGGAACACGAAAACCUGAAAGACCUCAUCCUAGCAUUUGCAAAGGCACAGUCAAAGAAGCUAGAUGACUUUGACGACGUCGUUCAAGGCAAGGGUCGCGGAGUCAUCAUGCAGCUUAGUGGUCCUCCCGGAGUGGGUAAAACACUCACAGCUGAGAGUGUCGCCGAGGUGAUGAAAGUCCCUCUGUAUGUGAUGAGUGCUGGUGAUCUAGGCACAAGUGCCAGUUCGGUGGAGGAAAGUCUCAAGGAUAUUCUGCGAAUGAUUCCGAAAUGGGGUGCUGUUCUUCUACUCGACGAAGCAGACGUCUUCAUGGAAGCACGCAGUGCUACUGACUUGCAAAGGAAUGAACUGGUAUCGAUCUUCCUCCGAAUGCUGGAAUACUACGAGGGCAUUCUCUUCCUUACCACAAACCGAGCCGAAAACAUCGAUCCAGCCUUUGACUCUCGAAUCCACGUGUCGCUAGUCUAUCAGAACCUUGACGAAUAUUCCCGGCGCCACGUCUGGGCCCAGUUCUUGGGACGCACUGCGAACACCGAGAAGUUCUCCGAUGAGGAGUUGGACGAACUUGCUCAGGCCGAGCUUAAUGGCCGCCAGAUUAAGAAUAUGCUCAAGACGGCUGGCUUGCUAGCCUGGUCCCGGGAGACUACCUUGAAGUUCGAGCACGUGAAGGUUGUGCUGGGUCUUCGGCAGAGUAAUUUGUUGAACUCUGUUUAG